AUGGAUUCAGACAUAAAAGGUCGUUUGAGCGAAUUCCAUAAUCCUAGACCAGAAAAAAUGGAAUUUGACGCAGAGACUGGUAAACUACGUGUAGUCAAAGCUCCAAAUCCAGGUAAACUAUUAACGUUUUUAUCUUAUGGGUUUCUGUGUAUUAUGCAAUUACCUAAGAAAUGGAAUAAACGUCGAUGUUACCAUUAACUUCGCUCGAAACAUGGAAGCUUGUUCUAUUUUCAUGUAGUUGCAUAAUACACCGAGGCGCAGGAAUUGUAUUGCCUAUUGGCACCUCAUCUUACACUCGCUUAUCUGAUGCACAUUGAGCAAAGAAGAGUGAGACUUACAGGCGUGUAUUCGUAUUAAACUGUCUGGCUUAAUUUACUGCAGAGUAUAACAAGUCUAAUAAGAUUAACAACAACAUAUUCAACGGACCGCAAACCCUUAUAAUUUACUAGAAAUACACGGUCCAUAUAAUAAUGCGAAAAAUGGAAUUGUUAUAACACAUUUUCCAGGGAUUAAUGGUUGAAUGUCUUCAAGUUUCCAACCAUCAAACCUAUAAGCUAGUGCAAGGUUUUCCUUUUGUAAAAUUAUUAUAUCUGAUUUGAUGAAAGAAUGAUAUUAAUCUUAUAUUCGGUGAUGAUCGCUUUUAAAGUUUGCGCUACCUACAUGCAGUUAUAUAUCUAUAUUGCGUGGUCUGCAUGCAAGCAAUGACUAUCACCAAAAUAUAAUGAAUACAAACGUGAGGUAUCAUGCACAGAAAACCAAAAGUCUUUCGUAUUUGACCUACCGGUUAGUGAAUUUGUAUGACUCGACUCCGUUACAGAUCUCAGUGUAGUCCAAACAAACAUGUCAUGCAGCUUCUUUGGUGGUGGUAACUUGGUUGCAUCGUCAGCGAAGGACAAAAUUACGUUAAAGCCUAAGUCAUGGAUUAAACGAGAUAUGCAUGUCAAAACCAUGCAUAUCUCGUGCAAAUCUGACAGGUAUCAAGAAGCUCACAACUAUGCUGGAGUAAUUAUUUACCAAUACAACGGCAAGUCGGACUGGAGAACCGCCAACAAUACUCACUGUAAGUCUGGCUAUAUCGUCAUUCAAGACACAGAUUCAGAAAAUGUUGAGAAAUUGAAGAGUGAAGAGUUUGGUCAAGUUCACGGAGCUGUCUAUAGAAAUGCCUUCGGUGAACCAAAGACGAAGAGCGUCGUUGGCGAAGGUUUUGCAAUACAAAACGGAGAGAUUAAAUUUAAUUCAGGCGUCUUUAACAACCCACAGGGCAGUGUAUUCCAUGAUGAUCAUAGAUGGAUGAACGAAUUGUCAAAGCAUUGCGUUAGAAAGAUAGUCGAAGAGUGGAUGACUGCAGGUUUGUCUGGGGUCAAACAGAGAAAUUUUGAAGUGAAAGAAUUGCUCGGCGAUUUUGAUUAUGAAAUGAACAGCAUAAUUUUGGUGGAUAAAGACAACAGUACGCGAUCUUGUAAUAUACUGUGA